CCCGUUUCAAAUAAGGGUUACUAUCAGGAACACCACUCUUCCCUCAGUCACACAACAUGGCCUUCCAUCUGCUCAAGCGCCUCACUUUACUUUUCGUCCUACUCGGACUGGCUCUGGCCGACAAGGGCAUCGUCCCACUUGAAGUGGUGGCGUUGUCGAUGCACAGCGAACAAGUCGGCCGCUGGACAUAUCACGACAAUUCAUCCUCGUUAGGCAAUAUCACAGCCGCAUCGCCGUCCGCUUCGCUCGACUCGCCGUCUCCUAAGACGGACAGGAGCCGAUUCAAGGCCGAGUUGACCAACAUGAUCAUGCAAGAGCCCGGCUUUGUGCUCCUCAGCCUGUCGUUUAUCUUCAUCAGCGGGGGCAUGGUGGUUCUCUAGGCACUGGGCACGGUCCUUUGUAUUCUUCGUCUGUGUUUCUUUGCUGUUCCGGCUGUUUGCUUUCUUGUAUAUGAUUCGUCUUAGCAGCAGCAAAUGGGCUUCUUUAGGUGUUUGACAUUAGCGUUUGGCGGUUUUGGGAUAACAUGGGUACAACUCACAUUGGCUAUGGAAAAGCUCACUUCAUCUCUUAAAAAAAUAGGGUAGGGAUGUCGUUAUUGGUGCAUUUGAUUAUGUGUGGCUGUUGAUUAUUCGAUGUACGUUGAUCUUCAAUACUACUGGGUAUGUGAUCACAAUUUCAAGCAGAAGUACGCGUCUUCG